CUCAUUUCACCCCUCAAAUCUGGUCGGCCUCCAACACCAUGAUGCACAGCUCUAGGACCUUCAAUGAUUUCCCUCGAUCUACACCCAGCCUGACUCUACCUAGCCUGACUCCGACCAGGAUUCCAAGACAAAUAUACGAUGAACUGAACUCCUCUCCAACCAACUAUGGUGGUGUCCUGCAAGCUCUGUUCACCCUGGCUAUUCGUGCGAGCCGGGAUAGUGUCUGUUGGUUUGAAGAUUGCUGGGAGGAGUUUGGGAGAAGGGGCCUGGCGGAGCUUCUGAUCCCUGUUGGGAGAGUAUUGGCCUUGGCAUAUGCUGCGGCCGGGCGGGAGGAUGAAGCUACUGACCUCCUUUCAAAAAUAUGGAACGGGGCUGCUCCCUUUGGGUGGUCCGCACCACAUGCUACCAAAGGCACGAGGUUUAGCCUCACCUCUGGGAGGCAGGAGAGACGACCGACACUAUACCCACUCGGGAAGUCGAUUUUGCAGUUGACCUGUGCCAAAGAUGGGGACAAUCAACAGAUGGAGGAGGAGUUGAGAGAGCUUCAGCCUCGUUACGACAAGCUUCAAACUGCGGUCAUCAAGGGGGUGGAUAUGUAUCUCGAUACUGCACCUUAUGAUGAUGUGUCGGGUGAUUUACGAUUGCACGGUUUCUGGUUUUCAGAUAACAUGACCUUUCGAGUGAGGGGAUUGCAUGGUUUCUGGUUUUCAGAUAACAUGACCUUUCGAGUGAGGGUCACUGACUGGCCACGACCGUUCCCCUUGGGGAAGCCGCUAAGUCGUGCUCGAAAUCCAGCCUUGCAGAGAGAGUUGAGAAAACGGUUGGAAAAUGCUGGUGCAAAGAUCCUGGAAAAGGAGUGAUCCCCACCCCAUGCAGUGGCCGAUGAGGAGGAAUGGGUAACCGAUAUGUAGGAGUAAGUGACCGAUAUGGAGGAGUGGCUGAACAAGGCAAGGAAGGGAUGAACAAUUUGGAGGGAGAACUUGUGGUACAUGAUG